CUUAGGCGGUCGGGGUUUUGCCGCCAGACACCGCCAUCACUGAUAAUCACCGAUAAUCCGAUGCAGAUUUGGACAUGAUGCCACUCGCGCAUUCAACUGUUCAUCCAAUUAUUGCUUCUUAUUUCUUUUUGCGCAAUCUGCAAAUUGCAUUUAAGACGAGAUGUCCCGUGCUUCUAAAUUGACACUGGCCGCGACUGGUCUCGGUACGGCGGGGAUCAUCUACUUUGUGCACUGGGCCCAAGAACAAGAGAAAAUUGGAAUGCACAAAGCGGUCGAGCUAGACAUGGAGAAACAGCGUAUCCGCAGGGAACGACAGGCGGAGUUCGAGAUGCAAAGGGCGCUCGAAGAAGAGUACCGGAAGCUACAGAAGGUCUCGCCCAGCGUUGACGAACAAAGCGGAGGGAAGUCGAAUCAAGGACAAACAUCAUGAUACACGACCGCGCGGCUCUUUACGAUGUUUAGACUUUGCCUGGUAUAGUUGUCCGCUUGGCAUCUAAUGGCUGUAUGCUUGUAGAAUAUACCCAAAAUGUACAUUAGAGAUCAAUAUUCAU